GCUCAUGAUCUUCUUACAGGUUUACGAUCUUACAGGCUGACGACCUACCCACUAUGGCUCUAUUGGGUCGUGACCGUCGUGUGUCGCGGUCAGAGUACACCCGUGAUUACUACCGCCCCUCCUCCUCCAUUACCGCACCUUCCCUCACGCCCCAGGAACAGCCUUACGCCCCUCCAGUCCCGCCUAGGAGACCAGGACAGGGAGGAAGUAACGCCUGGGUCCUGCCACCACCAAUAAAUCCGUCGAUAUGGCGCGCCUCUCACUCUGCCAAACUCCAUGAUUCCCACGCCCACGCCUCCCACGCCCAGCGAACCCGAGCCGAAAACAGACGUCUAUGUGAUGAGACAGAGCGACUGACGGUCAAUCAUAAGAGUGAGGUGGAGCGUCGCUUGGCGGACCGGGUGUGUGACAUCACCUUCUGGAGGGAGGAGUUAGCAGCCCGCCACACCGCUAUGGACCAUGACGCCACCAACCUCAACACCCUUAAGGACAGACUUAAUAAAGCUCACGACCUUUACAUGCGUCCAUUACAAGUAGCUUACCAGUGUAUUGAGAUCCGACGUGGGCGUGUAGGCGUGGAGGGCGUGGAGGACGAGGCGUUGACAGCGCUACGUCAGGAGGUGAAGGAGGUGACAAGAUGCCGUGAGGCCUUAGAGAGAACCAGUGCUGACACCGCUCAUCAGAUUCGCCGAGUGUUGUCAUGCCGCUACCACCUGGAGAAGAACCUGCUGGACAAAGACACCGCCCUUCGUGUCGAGGAGGCCACCACUAACCUCACGCCCACUGCACCGCCCACCGCCAUCAUCCCAAAGCAGACCAUCGAUCCCAGCCCAAUCUCGGUGGAGUGGUGGUGCGAGGUUGGUGUAAAGCUGCUGAAGAGAAGUGACGACGAACACCAACUUUCAGAGCAGAUCACAGCCUUGGCGGAGGAUAUCCUGGUGGCUACUGCACGCCAUCUACGGGAGCGUCUGGAACACACUGACCACUGCCUGAAGGAGAGGAUCCUUGACACCCGCCACGCCAAGACCCUUCUGGAGGAACAGCAUGCUAAGCUGGUGGAAGAGGAGAGCCAGCUGGAGCAGAGUCUGGUAGAGGUGGAGGACCAGCUGGAAGCGAAGAGAGGUCCUCUUGCCUUGGCUCAGACCCGCCUCCACACACGUACACUGAGACCCAACAUAGAGCGUACCAGGGACGAGGUAGAAGCAGCACUACUGAAGGAGGUGGAAGAACUGGAACUCACCAUCUCACGCCUGACCUCUGCUGCUGAACACACUCGUAACCAUCUUCAGCAACUCAGGUCAACCCGGGUCAGCCUCCAGCACGAUAUCAACCUCAAAGCAAAGACGUUACUGCUGGACGAGGUGAAGGUUAUGGCACUGAGAGACACUGUCACCAUCGACACACACUGA